CGACGAACCCUAGCUCGCAUCCGCAGUCGCUCCACGCAGACAGCAGCGCCGCCUAUUUCGCACCCUUCUCGUCCCCUCGCACACCCGCAAUUACCGCAACAAAGGUUCAGAAGCACAUGAUCGCCAUGAAGCCUACAUCUCCAAAAGGCAUUCCCAACGUCCGGCGAAAGCCAACUCCCACCGACAGCUUGCUCGACCACAGCCUCCCCUACGCUCAUGCUCCGGACCCCGAACAUUCCCACCGAAGUGGACGCGUUGCUCGUCUUCCUCAUACAGCACGCACCAGUAUGCCACAUGACGAACACCAGGAAGUCAUGCCAUCAGUCGGCAGAAUUCGAACGUGCUCUCUCAACUGCCACACAGACGGAGGCAGAUGUCUAGACCGCAGGACAGCCUCGAACAGCUCUACACUCUUUGGACCCCAUCAAACACCUCCCGGAAUCAAGGCUGUCCCCACUCCCCAUAUCGCCAAUAAGCAACAACAAGAAGACAGUCAGCUCCUGUCGCACUUGUUCGAAAUCCUCAUCACCGCUGUCCUCGCGGCCGCUACAGCGUGCAAGCACAUUCGCCUCCCAACCCUGCCACGACCAGGAGCUCUGGAAGCGUUGUAUUCAGAUGAGACGUCACCUCAGCAAAAAGCACGCGCACUGAAGGCGCUCUUGUCGCUUUCUGGACAGGUGGUGAUGUUACUAAGCGUCGCCGCUGCUUUGUGGCAAAUUGGCAAUGUGGUGCUGCGGCUAAUCGAGGUGGUGUUUUGGCCAUUUCUGUUGCCGCUCAGGUUGAUGAGAUGGUGUGUUGGUACAUGACGAGGCUUUGGCGGGUUCUUUCAAGA